AUGGCUCUACGUGUGUCGACGUUAGUGCUGUUGCUGUUGAUGGUCAGCGCGGUGAAUUGGGCUCUCUGCUGGACCUACUCGUGCCCACCGGUUUGCCGGUGCACACUGGACAGAGUGAGCUGCACGAGGCACACGCAAACCCAGACUACAUCCAGGGUCAGCAACCUAAGACUUAUGCAUCUGCCUUUCAAAGAGGUGCUGAGCAGAACGUUCAAAGGUCUGGUCAACGUGUCAAGAAUUGAAAUUUCCCAGAGUGACUCAAUCAGGAAAAUACAAAGUGAGGCAUUUCUUUCCAUCCACAGCCUGGUAGAAAUCUCAAUACAGAAUAUCAACCAACUGAUGGUCGUGGAAAAUGGCGCCUUCACAGACUUGCCCAAAUUAAGAUACCUGAGUAUCUGUAACACAGGACUGAGGCAUUUCCCAGACCUUUCUACCAUCUCUUCAAUGGAGUUAUAUUUCUUCCUGGAAAUUGGAGACAACAUGCAAGUAAAGAGCAUACCAGCCAAUGCGUUUCAAGGCAUAUCCAAGGAGCACAUGUACAUGAAUCUUGUCAGGAAUGGAUUUACAGAGAUCAAAUCUCAUGCUUUUAAUGGGUCCAAACUGGAUAAGCUAAUUCUGAAAGACAACAGGCAUCUUAGUGAAAUCCAUGAUGAUGCUUUUGAAGGGGCUACAGGACCAAAUAUGCUAGAUGUGUCAUCCACUGCUCUCCGUGCACUGCCUAAACGGGGUCUGAGAGAGGUGACGGUUCUGAUAGCUCAGUCAGCACCUGCUCUUAAGACCCUACCCCCACUUGAGAACCUUCUAAACCUACAAGAAGCUGACCUGACCUACCCCAGCCACUGUUGUGCCUUCCACACCUGGAGAACCAACAACAGGGAGAACGCUGUAUUCGGUCGCUUCAGGAACCUAACUAAGCUAUGUGAUAUGGACAGCCAACCAAAUAUCAUGGACCCAUCAGCUGAAGACCUGUCUGACCUUUACAACAUCAAUUUUCACUACCCUGAUUUGGACUUGUGUGUCAGCAGCAGUUCAUUCAGAUGUACCCCAGAACCUGAUGCCUUCAACCCCUGUGAGGACUUGCUGGGUUCUGGCUUCCUGCGCUCUGUUACUUGGAUCAUCACCAUCUUCGCUGUCCUAGGGAACCUGGCUGUGCUGAUCGUCCUGCUUGUGAGCCACCAGAAGCUGAUCGUCUCUAGGUUCCUCAUGUGCAACCUGGCCUUUGCUGACCUGUGCAUGGGCCUCUACCUGCUAUUGAUUGCCUUGGUGGACUACCGCUCCCGUCGAGAGUAUUAUAACCAUGCCACAGACUGGCAGACAGGGUUUGGAUGUGGAGUAGCUGGCUUUUUAACUGUCUUUGCAAGCGAGCUGUCAGUCUAUACUCUGACCAUGAUUACCCUGGAGCGCUGGCACACCAUUACCUAUGCUAUGCAGAAGAAUAGGAGACUAAGACUGCGCCAUAUGGUGACCGUGAUGGCAGUUGGCUGGGCCUUUUCUCUUCUUGUAGCUCUGCUUCCUGUGCUCGGUGUGAGCAGCUACACUAAAGUAAGCAUUUGCCUGCCAAUGGACAUUGAAACCCCAGUUUCACAGGGUUACGUGGUAGCUGUGCUGGUCUUAAAUGUGGCAGCUUUUUUAAUAGUAUGCUCCUGCUACCUUGGUAUUUAUUUAAGCGUGCGCAACCCAAACGUAGCAACGCGCCACGGAGACACAAGGAUAGCCAAGCGAAUGGCAGUGCUCAUCUUCACUGACUUCUUAUGUAUGGCACCCAUCUCGUUUUUUGCCAUUUCAGCUGCCUUGCGCAUGCCAUUGAUCACAGUCUCCCAAUCCAAAUUCCUCCUUAUACUUUUCUACCCUAUCAAUUCACUGUGCAACCCAUUCCUUUACACCAUAUUCACAAGAGCCUUCCGCAAGGACAUGUAUCUGCUUUUAAGCCGCUGUGGCUGCUGCCAGACACAAGCCGAAUUUUACAGAGUGCAAGGUCUCUCGGUAGUUACCUUGGCUUCCAAGAACAAGAGCUCCAAGAAGGCUCAUUCAAACCAGUUUCACGCAUACCACAUCAAGCUGCGGGGCUGCUUCUUCAACAAAGAUGCAACGUGA